AUGUACGACGUGGAUUUCGACGCCGACAAACUGGUGGCCGAGUGCGUCGAUUCGAUGCGCGCAGUCACCGAUGCCCCACUCUCCAACUGCCACUUUGCACUUCAGGCCGUCCUUCAAAUAUUGAGGCCUCAUUUCAAGUGAGCGCUUCUGCUUUUGAAUUGUGUCAUAGAUAGUAAGUACAUAUUAUGAAUGCAUUUCACUGAAAUCGCACUCGGUUUAGAAACUUUUUUCCAUUAGGACAAAUUAGUGUGAAAGAAGUCAUUCGAUGAAUUGCAGUUUUCAUUAGGUUCUGGAAAAGUCUAUAAGAGACGAAAGACAUAUUGCAGUGAAACAGGAACUUUUUUUGUCUUCUUCUGUGAAUUUCAGGCCUGAACCUCGAAAACUGAAGUUUCUGUUUCAUUUCUGCACUUUAUGGGCAGUCUCUGUCUGCUGAACACUCUUGGCUGAAUGUUUACUCAUAAUUUCCAAAGUUAUAAUUUUCGAGCCAUUUUUCCCUUUUACACUCGGUCAUAUAAAAACAAAAGUGAGGCAAAAGUCCAGAGGGAAAACUGUGCACAAUUCCAAAAACUCGUAAAACAGCAAAAAUGUUGAAAUUGUGAUUCAUUUUCAGAUGCGAACAGUUUGGCUCACUGGAAAACGCGGCAGAAACGUACAAAGUGAACGUUGAGACGUGUCACGAUCGAGUGGUUUUGGAGCAGUCCGCCAGUGCUCUUUUCGACAUUUUUCUCGAAAAACAAGAGGUGAAAAAUCAAUAUUUUAAAUAGGCUGAAAUUGCACUUUUCUCAAAGAUUAAUCAGUUUUUGCUGGAAAAGCGCUGAAAAAAACAUAAUAAUUUUUCUGCAGCUCAGCUACUCGGCGGAACAAGACGAUGAGGGAAUUUGCAAAAAUCUGAAGGCAUUUUCUGAAAUUGUGGUAAAAUAAAUGCUUGUAAACUUCGGGAAGACUAAAGAAAAUCGAUUUUCAGGUAAAAACCGACCCCCGAAUCCCGCUGGCAGUAAUUUCGAAGAACAAUUGGGAAUGGCUCUCACAAUUGCUCAUUGUGCUACAAACUGUCAAUUUUCUAGAACGUUUCUGAAACCAGCUUUUCGUUGCAGGACCAGAACGACGGAGUGCGUGAGCAGCUGCUGAGCAUCCUGCAAGUGCUCAUGGAGCAGUGCGGCGAGCCCGUCAAAAAAAUGCUCAUCGAGACGCAACUGGUCAUUUCGCUGGUGCCGUUGACGCAAAAAUCGAACGGAAUUCAAAUUCCGGCCCUCAAAAUUUUGGCGAUUUUGUACUCCACCGAAGCGUCGAUUCCGUUAGAACAACUUGGUGAGGGAUUGUUUUGAAAAGUGUGUAAGCAAAACUUCUUCUUCUUGCAGACCACCUAAACUCGGAAUUUUUCCGUCACAUCUACCACCGAAUUGUCACGUAUCACGACGAAGACGUGCUCGAAUUGUGCACCAACUUUUGCGGACUUUUGGACAAUCAGCAACUGGACGCGGACGCACUUUUCGAGCCGAUUCGCGACGAUCCCUACAGUUGCGCCUAUUUCGGAAUCGUGUUGAUUCGCGAAACGAAUCGCAAUUGUACAGGUGAUUUCGAAACAAAAUUCCGCCCUUCCCCGAAAACAUUUGAAUUUUCAGUGCGUCGUCUGAUGUUUUUGCACAAAAUAAUUAUGCUCGGCGAGCAGACUCUGGCCAAAAUGUUCUACGAAAACGAUGUGCAAGUGCUGGCCCACGUGCUCGGCAGGGAGCUCAUCAAUCACGAUUCCAAAGAGGUGAACAUUUGAGGAAAAUUGAAAUUUAUAACAUUAGAAUAUAUAUUUUUUGAAACGGAGCAUUUAUUUUCUUCAAAAUCAACGUCUCCCCUUUGGCGAAAAAACAUUUGAACAUUUGCAGGUUUGAAAAAUGCAAUUUAACACAAAAACGUCCCAUUUUUUGCUGAAAAACAGCAAAACGAAUUCCCGUAAAUCGACACAAAACGCAUGCUGCAAGUGCGCCCCAUUGAGCAUUCAACAGGAAACGCUGUUUUUUCGAGUUUUUGGGAUUGUGCCCAGUUUUCCCUCAAAUCUUUUGCCUCACGUUUGUUCAUAUGACCGAUAGCUACGAAAAGCAUAUUCCGCUUAGAGUGUUCAGCAGACAGAGACUGCCCAUAAAGUGCAGAAAUGAAACAGAAACUUCAGUUUUCGAGGUUCAGGCCUGAAAUUAACAGAAAAUGUCAAAAAAGCCGUCCCAGUCUUUUCCAAGACCUACUUGCAAUAAUCCGAUCGAAAAUGAAUAUUAUUCGCGUAUUCGCUAACGACAAUGUCAAUCUUUUAUGUUUACAGGUCCGUCAACUAUGCCUAAAGUGUCUCCGUUCACUUUUAGACCAAAAAAGUGUGAAAUCGGAUGAGCUGAUCGAAGACGCGCUGGCCAAUUUCGACGACUCCAAUUGA